AUAAAUAUCACAGUGCAGAUGUGGGAACGGUCACAACAGCUGCACAACAUCUGCACAACAUCUGUCUGUAGUUGAGGACUAAAGCAUCAGGUUUGAGAAGAUGAAGCUCUGCAUCCUGUUCACGGUUGUGACGCUCUUUGCUCUCAGUGACGGGAUGCCGCCCCUCAGCCGGGACUACAACUCCCACUGUCGCUGCGUGGAGGUGGAGUCGAGGAUCAUCCCUCCAGACAACCUGCGGAGCAUCAAGCUCGUCCCUGAAGGACCUCACUGCCCCGACACUGAAGUCAUAGCCGGACUGAUGAGCGGCGAGAAGGUCUGUCUGAACCCUCGGUCCUCGUGGGUGAAGAAGCUGAUCCAGUACAUUCUUCAGAAACAGCUGCAUCAGCAGGGAGGAGCGUUCGCCAAGAAACGAGUUUAAAAACCCAACUGUUGCUUCUCUUCCUACCUCCUGCAGCACUGAGCUCCUCUUACUUUAAAGAAUAAUACAUAACCUCUUUGUUUUAUAUCUCUGCUCUGGUGUCUUUUGUUUUUGUUUUUAUUUCUUUGUGUUUUCCAUUUUGGAAUUUGUAUUGAAUUUCUACUUUUUAUACAUAUUUUCUAUAUAACACUGAUUCUGGAUUUAUAUUGACACAAGAAAUAAACUGUUAUGGAAACAAUAUGUAAUGUUUGAGUGUAUAAAGAAUCUGAGCGUGGAUACAAGUAUAACUCUAAUUUUAAAACUUUCCAAAUAACAAGUUGCCUUCGAUCUUUCAUUAGAAAGAACCAGUUUACUGAAACCUCUCGUUCAAGGCUUAAUAAAAAAUGAAAUGUUUAAAAAGUAAAA